AUGCCAUGCUUGGCUGCUGCGACAGCUGGAGACAUGAUGGAGAUGUUUGUGGGGAGAGGAGAAGACUUGGCGGAGACAAUUUGUGGACAGCGGAGACGCAACCCGGAGGGAAGCGCAUGGUGGGCCGACUACAGUCCUGGCGCCUUUUUGAAGCCCCCAGUAACGCCGCCUAUAUGUCAGAAAAGCAAGCAAGAAGCCACUACCGUCAGCAGCAGCUGCCGUUACGAGAGCCAAGCAAUGCCACUUGGAAAUUCGGAUGCUGUACAGCGGGCGAUCAGGGUCAGACCACCAAAGCCGCGUGCCAAACUAUACGCCUUUCAAAGAGUCGAGCCGGGACAUCAGAUCAUGCUACUGCCAACAAUCAUGGCGGACCAUGAACCAAGGCCUGACCACCAGCCAAGGCCCGCACAUAGCACCGCUUCAACUGAUGACGGUACUUGGCGCCAAAAGAGACGAAAACAAAACAGUGACGGCACAAUUCCUCCGAAUGCCGGAAUGAAGAAAGAGCGCAUGCGGAGCCCCCCAAUUCUUCUCCCCAUGGAGCUCCUGAUCCAAGACUCACUAGCAGACCACCUGCCUGACCCGCCUCGGCCAAAAUGA